AUGUCGCCGCCAAUCUCGCUCUGCGUCUUCGUCCUCCUCUCCUCCCUCCUCGCGGCGGCCAGGGCCGAGGACCCCUACCGCUUCUACACCUGGAACGUCACCUUCGGCGACAUCUACCCGCUCGGCGUCAAGCAGCAGGGGAUCCUGAUCAACGGGCAGUUCCCGGGGCCGCAGAUCGACGCCGUCACCAACGACAACAUCGUCAUCAACGUCUUCAACAACCUGCCCGCACCAUUCCUCCUCUCCUGGCAGGGGAUUCAGCAGAGGAGGAGCUCAUGGCAAGACGGCGUGUACGGCACAAACUGCCCGAUCCCUCCAGGGGGCAAUUUCACCUACAACAUGCAGUUCAAGGACCAGAUCGGGAGCUACUACUACUUCCCUUCUCUCGCGUUCCAUAAGGCGGCGGGCGGGUACGGUGGCAUCAGGGUCCUUAGCCGCCCGAGGAUCCCUGUUCCGUUUGACCCCCCUGCCGGUGAUUUCACCAUCUUGGCUGGUGACUGGUUCAAGCUCAACCACACUGUGGAGGGGUCGCACACCAUGCAGAACACCUACUCGUCGCUUGACGUCCACCUAGGCCAGUCCUACUCGUUCCUCGUGACGGCCGACCAGCCACCCCAGGACUACACCAUCGUCGUCUCGACGCGCUUCACCAACCCCGUGCUCACCAACACCGCCACGCUCCAUUACAGCAACUCGAAUGGCAUCCCCGCGGCGUUGCCGCCUCCCCCAGGGCCGACGAUCGAGAUCGACUGGUCUCUGAAUCAGGCCAGAUCAAUCCGGUGGAACCUGACGGCAAGCGGACCAAGGCCGAACCCUCAAGGCUCAUACCACUACGGCCAAGUGAACACGACGAGAACGAUGAGGCUCGCCAACUCGCGGGUCUCCAUCAACGGCAAGCUGAGGUACGCGGUGAACAGCGUGUCCUUCAUCCCGGCCGACACCCCGCUCAAGGUGGCCGACUUCUACAACAUCCAGGGCGUGUUCACGCUGGGUAGCAUGCCCGACGUCCCGUCCGGCGGCCCCGCGUACCUCCAGACGGCCGUCAUGGCGUCCAACAUGAGGGACUACGUCGAGGUCGUCUUCGAGAACGCCGAGGGCUCUGUGCAGUCCUGGCACAUCGACGGCUACGCCUUCUGGGUCGUGGGGAUGGACGGAGGGCAGUGGACGCCGGCGAGCCGUCAGAACUACAACCUGAGGGACGCGAUCGCCCGGUACACGUUGCAGGUGUAUCCUGGGGCGUGGACGGCGAUCUACAUGCCGCUGGACAACGUGGGGAUGUGGAACGUGCGGUCGGAGAGCUGGGGCAGGCAGUACCUGGGCCAGCAGUUCUACCUCCGGGUCUACUCGCCGGCCAACUCGUGGCGGGACGAGAACCCCAUCCCCAAGAACGCGCUGCUCUGCGGCCGCGCCUCCGGCCGCCGGACCAGGCCACUCUGA